AUGUUUUCCAAGACAAUCAAUCAGUUUCUGGGCCAUUAUCUUGGUCACAAUGGCAAUGAGCUCGAGCUCGCAUCGAUCCCCUUUCAUUUUUCCUCUUCCUUCCUUGCUGUCGCAAUCACGUGGGCAACGUGGAGAUUCUGGAAGUUUACCUUGAAGCCAGCACUGUAUCCGGAAGAUCCAAAGGAAUACCCUUAUUUCAUCCCAGGUCAAGCUCCCGCGUUUCUGAGGGAUAGCCAAAGCUUGUUCAAGAGGGCAAGAGAAUACUUUGGCAAUACCCGCGAGCCAUUCGCUAUUACAAUCAUGGGACAGCAAAUAUAUGUGGUCACGAACCCGGAAGAUUUACCAACCUUAUACAAAAGCACAUCAACACUUACAUUUGAUGGAUUCAUCAAAGAUUUCUUCAAGAAAGAAGGUGUGACUCCUGAGGCUAUCGAAAUCAUGUUCACCAAACAGGCCAAAAGCCAGAAGAAAGUUCUUGCACACGCCGGUGAAGACUUUUUCAAACAGCAACUCCAGCCUGGUGGACACCUUCAGCCCCUGUUCAACUCAAUUCAAAUGAAGAUUAGCGAAGUUAUUCAAUGGGACAAACUAUCACAAAAAGCCGUCAUCUCGACGAUUCAGAGCACCAAAAAAGUCUCGCUUUUGGCAUUCUGCCACGAGAUGUUGGUGAAACCUGUAUCAACCGCAGUUUUUGGCAACGUACUGUACGAAGUCGAGCCUAAUCUCAGCGAAAUUUAUCGAAAGUUCGAUGAUAACAGCUGGAAGAUGAACUAUGAGCUUCCAAGACUUGUGGCGCCGGACGUCUACGAUGCGAAAGAUGAAAUUCGAUCAGUGAUGCUACGCUACAUUCAACUCCCUAGUGAGCGCAGAAGUGAUGCAGCUUGGAUACUUCACGCUCUGGAGAACGAAUUAAGGGGCGCUGGAAUUAGUGAGGAAGACAUAGCUUCAUUUUUCUUUGGGCCGUUCUGGACUAUAAACGGAAAUGCUUACAAGCAUUUGUUUUGGGUUUUAUCCUACAUUCUAUUUGACUCCGCUCUGCACAAAUCAAUUCUCACCGAGGUCGAGCCUGCAGUAGCUGUCGGAUUAGAAGGUCUUGAUAGCCGUCUUGAAGCAUGCCCCCGUCUUGUAGCCACAUAUGAAGAAGUCCUUCGCAUGAACACUUCAUCUGUCACUGUACGCGAUGUUUUAGCUGACACUAAAAUGGGAAAAGUCAUCUUGCGAAAAGGUGCCAAAGUGUUUGCGCCGACCCGUCAAUUGCAUUUUGAUCCUUUGGCCUUCGGCACAAACGUCGAUCAAUUUGAUCCAGAACGCUUUUUAAGAAAUAAGAAGUUAAAUAAGAGUAAUAGCUUCAGGCCCUUUGGAGGCGGAAUUACUCAUUGUCCCGGUCGUUGGCUGGCAAUGAAGGAGAUUCUUGUUUGUGUAGCUCUCGUCCUCUCUCGCUUCGAGGUUGAACUGGACGGUGCUAAAAAUGGAUCUGAAGCUCAACCCUUCCCCAAAGUUGAUACGACCAUGCUCGCUUUGGGUGUCCUACCACCUAAGAAAGGAGAAGAUGUUCUUGUCAGCCUUCGUCAGAAGUAA